AUGAAGGCCUCAUUCAUUUCUAGGCUGCUAUCCCUGACAGCAUUUGCGAUCUCCUCCAAUCUUUCAUAUGGCCUGCCUCUCUCCGAGAGAGAUGUGAGGCUCUUCGAGGAGCGCUACAUCAACUCACUAGACUACUCGCUCGGUAAUGACACCGUCAAAUUAGUCGGUUACAAGAACAUCAAGAUCCCCGCCGAAGAGUUGGACGAUCUGAACGACCACUACAACAAUCACCCAGAGGUGUGGAAAAAUCUGCCAAACUACUUCUACGAUCAGGGGUCUGGCACCCUACGUGCCUAUUUCCCAGUCGACGGAGCGCUUGUCGAGCAUGACGGCCAAUAUCAUGAGGCGAACUCAUUGGGCGAGUUGGAGCUCACCAAGGUUAACGGCGACAGUUCUGUGCUGGGCCGAAGACAGACCGAGUCCAUUACGGGUGUUGAAGGUAAUAUCAUCAAAGAUGGCAUUAUCUACCUCGAGAAGGCCGCGAAGCCGCACGCUCAGUAUGGUAAAGUGCUCGUCUACGACUUCGGUGACAAGAUUGUCCUCGACCAUGAUCAUGGCAGCCACACCAAGCGAGACGGGAAGAAAUCCUGCAUGAAAAACCAUGGCGGUCCGAACUGCAGCGACAAGUUCAACAUUCACAAUAAUAAGUGCAAGAAGAGACAUGACAUCUGCAUGGAUUACAACGGAUGGUUUUCGAACUGCAAGAAGAAUGGCUCGACCUGGAGGAACUUCCCCGGCAGUGACUGUGAUAAGGCACUAGGCCGUGGUAAGUGCGGGAAUGAGGUUAUGUGA